UCUCACGCGAAUUACACGCAGUAAGAAAAGUAAAAAACCGUUCUAAGCACAACGUACAACCACUCUAAGCACAAGCCGGAGCCCAUUCUCCUCCUAGGGUUUUACGAGGGCACAGGCGGCGCAACCUUUUUCCAUUUUCCCCGAUACGCUCCAUUUCCCAUCACAAAUGGCCGAAAACACAUCGUUUCAACCCCAGGAAGAACAGCCUGACUCCAAAAGGCAAAAAAUGUCCACCACCACCACCUCCGACGACGACGAACAGAAUCCCGAAACGAUCCCCCGGAAGCCCAAAUACAAGCGCCGCAAGGUCGCAAUUUUCUUCGCCUACUGCGGCGUGGGCUACCAGGGGAUGCAGAAGAACCCCGGCGCGAAGACUAUCGAGGGAGACCUCGAGGAGGCCCUCUAUCUGUCCGGAGCCGUCCCCGAACCGGACAGGGGCCAGCCGAGGCGCUACGACUGGGCCCGGUCCGCCCGCACCGACAAGGGCGUCAGCGCCGUCGGCCAGGUUGUGUCCGGCCGGUUCUACGUCGACCCGCCCGGCUUUGUUGAGCGGCUGAACUCGAACUUGUCCCCGCAGAUCCGAAUUUUCGGGUACAAGCGGGCCACGCCAUCGUUCAACGCCAAGAAGUUCUGCGACCGACGGAGGUACGUUUAUCUGAUCCCGGUUUUCGCGCUCGAUCCGUCUUGUCAUAGGGAUAGAGAGAGUGUGUUGGCCAGCGUGGGGUCUGGGAACGAAUUAGUCAAGUGCCUGGAGUGUUCGGAAAGAGGAAGAAAGGUUUUUGGGGUAAUGGGUAAACGUAGUUAUGAGUCGAAAGGUUUUUCUGAGAAUGCUGAUGUAGGUUCAGGCAUUUCAUCUAACGAUGCAAGUGCUUUAGCCGAAGAGAAAUCUGUUAAAAAUUCCUUGGAGAACAAUGAUUCCGAAAAUAAUUCAGCUAUCAAAAUUGUGGAGGAUAAAGCUGUGUUUACUGAUAAUAGUAACAUUACGAUAAGCUCUUUGGAAAAAGUGGUCGAUGGUGCUGAAAUUGGGAAGGAAGUAGAACAGGGAGAUGAAUUGGAAUGCAAAAGAACUACUAACGACCAAGCAGAAAUAGAAAAGAAGAGUGAGUUCAGGUAUGGAGAAGGGGAGAAGGAGAGGUUUAACAGAAUACUCAAGUAUUAUGAGGGGACACAUAACUUCCACAAUUUCACCACACGAAUGAAAGCUGAAGAUCCCGCUGCCAAGCGGUACAUUCUGUCGUUCAACGGGAAUAACAUAGUCCGCAUUGAUGGACUUGACUUUGUCAAGUGUGAGGUCGUGGGGCAGAGCUUCAUGCUUCACCAAAUACGUAAAAUGAUAGGUCUUGCUGUGGCCAUUAUGAGGAAUAUUGCUCCCGAGUCGUUAAUUCAAACAGCUUUUGAUCCGAAAUUGAAUAUAAAUGUGCCUAUGGCGCCAGAGGUGGGGUUGUACUUGGAUGAAUGUUUUUUCUCAUCGUAUAAUCAGAAGUGGAAGGGCAGCCAUGAAGAGCUCUCGAUGAGGGAUUAUGCGGAGAAGGCUGAAGAUUUCAAGAUGAAGUACAUCUAUUCUCAUGUUGCCUCAACCGAGCACAAGGAUGGGUCAGUAGCACUUUGGUUGCAUUCAUUGAACUACCGUAAUUAUCCAGAUUUACGGUUUACGGCAAAUGAUGGCCCGAGUUGUGAUGGGCAGCAGGGGAAUGAGGCUGAUGGUUGUAAGGUACCUUGUGUGAAGCAUGUGGAAGUUAAGGACAUGGAUGAGUGAGUUUGAGUUAAGUUUUCUGGAUUAUCAUUAAAAAAAUUAACAAAAAGCAAAACUUGGUACAAAAGUUUGGGUUGGUCUUAGAGAAUACUUGUAUGACGCCCAAAACCUGGUUCAAAAUUUUGUGUUGGCCUUGGAGAAUAAUUUUAGGAUGCAUGUUGUUGGAUAUGUUAUGGUCUAUCUAAUUUACUUUGAAAUCUGCUGAUAGCAUUUUCCAUACGAUUCUGGUUGGGUCGUGUGGCUGGCAUUUACGUCGAACGUGGUUUGCCUUGUUCUAGGAAGAAAAUCCUUGUCAAGGGUGUGUCGGAUAUGGGAUUGUACUGGUUGCGCACGAUAGAAUCAUUGAUUUUGAAAUCGUAUCUUGAAUAUGUUCCGUUUUGAUUCCUCCAUAAUUUGCUUCAAAACAGAGUAUGGAAGUAGUUCUUAGAUAUCAAAUUUUGAGUGAUAUUUAGAGCAUCUACAAUGCUUUGAGUCUAAUUUUGCUUGUGUGCCAUGUAAAUAGACCAA